AGAAUCCAAAGAUGUUCCAUCUCUUAGAAUCAAGUUUGAAUAGAAUCUUUUUUGUUAGUUAUUUUUAUGCUUGUUAAACCGGAAAAAAGUAUAUGUAUAUUAUAAAUACAAUAUGAGAUUGUGGGAUGGGAUACAUAGAGGUGCUUAUGUAUUAUCCACGGCAGCCGUGUGAUAUAGAUUUAGACGGUUGAACUCGAAGGAGGCUGGCAUUUUGGCAGUACUUCCCUAUGGUAAUGUUAUUAUACAUAAUACACGGAGUAUAUCACAUCGACAUCUUAAAUUAACUAUCAAGCUAAUUAUUAAAUUUUUGUGUUACACAAUCUAGUUUCCAAGUAAUUCUUGUCGAGAGAGCAAAAAAAAAAAGACAAAACCAUGUAUUUGCGUUCAGUAUAAAUUCGAGUUAUGUCGAAAGAAUUGUGGAAAAUAGCACUUUAUGUAGUUGCGAUGAUUACGCAAGGGGGAGUUGAAAUUGUCAAGUCAAUGCAAACUUGCAAUGGCUGCAUCAACGACCAUAGAACCCAGUGGGCAGCUGCCCCCAACUCAUUUUAAAGAUUCAGUGUAAAACAUUGACUAGUUUUUAAUUUGCCUCCUUAUCUUUUAACAAAUCUAUCCUUAAUUUUAUGCAUAAUUUUUUUUGCCCCCCCCACAAAUUUUUUCUCUAGCUCCGCCCCUGAUAGAACCUACCAAAUUUUCAGAGGUUUGAUCAAUGAAAAAUCAUACCAUAGAACCUACUGAAUUUCACAUCAUGAAUUUCACAUCCCUCACGAAGUUUUGAAUACGCUGUAGGCAUCAUCUUGUUCGUGAGCUACCCUUCAAUACCAAAUCAUCUAAGAGAAGAAAUAUAUCUUCAUAACAUGGAUCAUUCUUUCAGGUAUAGGCCAACACCAAUAAAAAAUUGCUUCAAAUACAGAGCAACAAAUUAUGGAAAAAUCAUUAUCCUAAUAACACAAUUAAUGGAAUCAUAUUUUUAAACAAAACAGAUUUUGAAUGAAAUUAAAGAUCAUUAUACAAAUAACAUUGAUUUAAAAAUAUCAAAAUCCAUGAAUUAAUAACAGUGAAUUUAUGUUAAAAAUAUAUUAAAAAAAUCAUAAAUCAGUAGCAACAGAAUUUAAAUCCUUUAGUAAUCAACAAAAAAAUAAAAAUAAAUAACCCGUAAACUAUUAUAUCAACCAAAACAAAACAAAGAAGAAGAAAAGAAAGUUCAGACGAAUAAAUAACCCCUAAACUAUUACAGCAACCAAAACAAAACCAAACAAACAAAAGAAAAGAAAAGAAAAGAAAAGAAAAGAAAAGAAAGUUGAGACCGCCGAAAAGAAACGACUUUGAGCGUCCUAAGAUCUCUCUGAUUCCUUCGCCUUGAAGAAAUCUGGUAGCAACCCAUUACCUACCGUGACAAAAUAAAACAAAAACAAUCUCAAAGAUCAACUCUUUUUUUCUAAUUCCGAAUCAAGAAAUGCUCCACCAUUGAUUCAAGAUGCAAUCCAAGAUCGUCGGCGGCGGCUUACCUCCGGCGUUUUCUCUCUUCCCAAGCUUAAACAAAACCUUCACAUUCCACCAAAUCCUCGUCCUCAUCAUCACCUUCCUAGCCUACGCUUCGUUCCACGCCUCUCGCAAACCUCCGAGCAUCGUCAAGAGCGUCCUCGGACCUUCCGUCAACGAAGAUUCAAACUCUCCGAUCGACAACGGAUGGGCUCCCUUCAACGGAACCGAAGGAACGCAGAGACUCGGCGAGCUCGAUCUAGCGUUCCUUUCUUCCUACGCUCUCGGUAUGUAUUUCGCAGGACAUUUAGGAGAUAGGAUCGAUCUGAGGCUGUUUCUCGUGUUUGGGAUGAUGGGGAGUGGGAUCCUCACCGUUGUCUUCGGGUUAGGGUACUGGAUGAACGUGCAUCUCCUCGGCUUUUACAUGACUGUUCAGAUCGUUUGUGGGUUGUUUCAAUCUAUUGGGUGGCCUUGUGUUGUCUCUGUGGUUGGCAACUGGUGUGGGAAGGAGAAGCGUGGGUUGAUCAUGGGUGUCUGGAACUCUCAUACAUCUGUUGGGAACAUUGUUGGUUCCGUUGUUGCUUCUUCCGUGCUUGAUUCCGGAUGGGGAUGGUCUUUUGCUUUGCCUGGUGGGUUGGUGAUUGUGUCUGGAUUGGUUGUGUUUAUGUGUCUUGUUGUGAGUCCUCAUGAUUUGGGGUUUGAAGAGCCUGGGAAGGAGAUUGAGAUGAGUUUAGCUGCUGAGACUUUAGUGGUGGAGGAGGACAAGGAGGAUGAUGAUGUUGGGCUUCUUGAAACUGUAGAUUUAGGUGAUGAUGAUGAUUCUUUGUCAGCUAUUGGUUUUCUUGAAGCGUGGAAGUUACCUGGCGUUGCUCCUUUUGCUUUCUGUUUGUUCUUCUCGAAGCUCGUCGCUUACACGUUCCUCUAUUGGUUACCAUACUACUUAAGGCACCAAGCUGUUGCGGGUGUUUAUAUCUCCCACAAAACCGCUGGGAUUCUCUCGACAGUAUUUGACAUUGGAGGAGUGUUUGGUGGGAUAUCAGCAGGUUUCAUUUCAGACAAGAUCAAAGCCCGUGCACUCACAUCAGUCGCGUUCUUGUCGCUAUCCAUACCUGUCUUGAUUAUGUACAGAGUCUAUGGGAGUGUGUCCAUGUUCAUCAACAUCGGUUUGAUGUUUAUAUCAGGUUUACUAGUAAACGGUCCUUACGCACUCAUAACCACAGCAGUUGCAGCUGAUCUUGGAACACAGGACUCAAUUAAAGGGAACGGCAGGGCGUUGGCGACGGUAACAGCUAUUAUAGACGGUACUGGUUCGGUUGGGGCGGCUCUGGGACCGUUGCUUGCUGGUUAUAUAUCGAGCAGAGGGUGGAAUAGUGUUUUCUUUAUGCUUAUUGUUUCGAUUUUCUUUGCCGGUUUGUUCUUGGUUCGGCUUGCAAAAGCUGAGAUUAAAGAGAUGAGUAGUUCUGGCGAACUGAUAGCGUCUAGUGGUCCUUAAGGCUCAUGAUUUUGAUCCCACGAGGAUGUUGUAUACCAGUGUAUUAUCAGGUAUAUAGAUUCAAACAAAAUUAUACAAUACAAAUGAAAAACACCACCUUGAUUUUUUU